GUCGAAUUUGUGAUUUUCGCGCUGGAGGAGCGUCCGAUUCCAGUGAUCGCGAGCAAUGCGAUUCUGAACUGCAAUCGGAUCGAAUCUCAAUCGCAGUUCCGCCGAUAACAACCAACUGUCAGUCAAUCUCAAGUGUCGUGUGCGAAAGUAUUUAAAACUGAAUAAAAUCUCAAGUCAAGAAAGAACCAAAGGACCCUUUAAUAAAAAGUGAUAUUCGAGUGUCAAAUACCAAAAUGCAGUUGCUUAACUUGGUCUGCCUCAAGCAAAAGGUGGCGCACAUCGCCAACAACAACAGCAACAAGAACUGUAAAGAAUCCAAGGAAUCAGAUCCCAAGGAUACAGGAGUUUUCGGUUGUUUUUCCAAGAAGGAGGAGCAACAAGAGAAUCCCAGCAAGAAGACUCAAAACUCGUCAGAUCCGCGAGAAGUUUUCCGAUCGGGCACCUACAAAGUGCAGAAAAGUGAACAGGAACAGCAGAGGAAUCUAGAGGCAUCAACUUCCGUUUACCGCCACCACGACGAGGAGUUUCAUCCGAUCAGAAAGGAGGAGGAGUUAGAGACCACACCACCGAUCUCCAGUCAACCCAGACCGCGGAGUGCAAAGAGAUCGCAAAGUCAGCCGGCGAUAGUCCAGAAACCCAGCAACCAACGACGUCCAGGAACUUGCACCACCUCUGAAAACGGAACUGGAACCAGGAGCAUGACCUCCAUACCCGCCAAUCUGUCCAGCAACAACGUUGCUGGAGCAGCAAAUCUCGCCGGAGCAGCCGCUCCGCCAGAGAAGCAGCCAUGGCCCAACUCCAAAGACGAUUACGAGCUGAGGGAUGUCAUUGGCGUGGGAGCCACGGCCGUGGUGCACGGGGCCUACUGUAUUCCCCGGAACGAGAAGUGCGCCAUCAAGCGCAUUAACCUGGAGAAGUGGAACACCUCCAUGGAUGAGCUGCUCAAGGAAAUUCAGGCCAUGUCCUCGUGCAAUCACGAGAAUGUGGUGACCUACCACACGUCGUUUGUGGUGAGAGAGGAGCUCUGGCUGGUUCUGAGACUCCUGGAAGGCGGAUCGCUGCUGGACAUCAUCAAGCACAAGAUGCGAACGGCCAACUGCAAGCAAGGCGUCUUCGACGAGGCCACCAUAGCCACUGUCCUCAAGGAGGUCCUCAAGGGCCUCGAGUACUUCCAUUCGAAUGGUCAGAUCCACCGCGACAUCAAGGCGGGAAACAUUCUGAUUGGCGACGAUGGUACCAUCCAGAUUGCUGAUUUCGGAGUGAGCGCUUGGCUGGCCACUGGACGGGAUCUGUCGCGACAGAAGGUGCGUCACACCUUCGUGGGCACACCGUGCUGGAUGGCUCCGGAGGUGAUGGAACAGGAUCAUGGUUAUGAUUUCAAGGCGGACAUCUGGUCGUUCGGAAUAACAGCAAUCGAAAUGGCCACAGGAACAGCACCUUACCACAAAUAUCCGCCAAUGAAGGUGCUCAUGCUAACGCUCCAGAAUGAUCCGCCCACUCUGGACACCGGGGCGGAUGACAAGGAUCAGUACAAGGCCUAUGGCAAGACAUUCCGCAAAAUGAUCGUCGAGUGCUUGCAGAAGGAGCCAUCCAAGAGGCCCACGGCGAGUGAGCUGCUGAAGCACGCCUUCUUCAAGAAGGCCAAGGACCGCAAGUAUCUCACCCAGACGUUGCUGCAAUCGGGUCCCAGCAUGGAGACCCGGGUGCACAAGGCAGCCAAAAGACAGCCCGGCGCUUCGGGAAGGUUGCAUCGCACCGUCACCGGUGAAUGGGUUUGGUCCAGCGAGGAGGAGGAUAAUGGGGGCUCUGCCGGCGGCUCUGGAUCCGGUGGCGGCCGUAAGCAGCCUUCUUCCGAUUCGGAUUCGGAGGACAGGCCGAUGAAUCGUUUGGAGAGAGCCGAUUCCUCCGACAGCGAUCGGGAUGAGCCGUCGCCGGAGGUUACACAUAGUGUGUCCUCGGCCACCGUUACUCCCGGAGCCAUUCCGGCAGGUGGAGCAGCCCAGGAAAUCACAGCUGGUCUGUCACAGCUCCCACUACCCAGCGACGCAUCCGCCGAGGCGCCACCCGUCAAUCUUGUCCUGCGAAUGCGCAACUUGCGGCGGGAACUCCAUGACAUACGCUUCGAAUUUGUCGUGGGAAAGGAUUCCGCUGAGGGUAUUGCCACGGAACUAGUGGAUGCCGGCCUGGUGGACGCUCUGGACACCCAGCCGAUGGCGCAGCACUUGGAUCAGCUAAUAGCCGCCAGUGCCACGAUGAAAACAAUCACUUUCCAAUUGAGCUCCGGCGUGCAGCCGGGCGAGGUGCCCGACGAACGGUCCCUGGUGGGCUAUGCGCAGAUUUCCAUCACUGACUAGUUAGUAGCCACGGAUCCUGGAUCAUCAUCACACCAUCAGCACAGCCACCGCCACCGCCACCUCCACUUCCACUUCCACCAACAUGAAGCCACCAGCACUGCACCCUGAAAAGAAGAAAGCCAGUCUAAUGAUACGUAAGGCCAGAAGGAAUCGGGAUCUGUAGUCCCUCCCCUAGAGAGCCGUUGCCGUUUGCUGCUUUUAGCAUCUAGACUAGAACUAACUGUAUAUGCUAGUGAUAGAUCUUAACGCCAGCCGAUCGUUUACUUUAGUGAAAAGUAUCUAUACACACAUAUGUAUGUUUAGUAGGAUGGGUCGAGUUCGGUAGGCAAGGAUGUGUUUGGAUUGUAAGCUAUAGGUAUAGAUUUUAAUUUAAAUCCUCCAGAAACGUUUGGGAAUUCACCAAAUUUUAAUUGUUUUAAAUUGAAAGAGCUUUCAAUAAAAUUAAAUUAAAGGUUUAAAAAUAUUAAAGUAAGCAAGCGAAGAAUGCCAGUCGUUUUUCCAAUGAAAUUUUUGAAAAAUCAAACCCAAAAGUUUGAAAUUUAUUUAUGAAUAUUUAUUUAUGUAUAAAAGUGAAAUGUAAACUUAUUUUUGGAAUUAAUUUCAAACUGAAUUUUUUGAUCGAUUUGGCUAAGAAGUCGACCCGUCCCCAAGCUUUAUAUAUGCCUUACUAUAUAAAUCCUUUGCGCAUUGUAAUUACUCCAUGUGCCCCACUUCCGGCUCCCACUCCGGCUUCCGGCCACCGCCCCUACUCCCGCUCCGCUAAAGUGGAUAAAGUAAUUGAAAAAUCGUGUACUUAUUCGUUUUCGUUUCGUUUGACUUUAAGUAGCUCUGUACAUACACCACAUACGUAUAUAUCUAAUAUAUAGCUCCUGUUUUUAAUUAGCCCACUGAAGUCAGUAGAUAUUCUGAUGCAGUCCUGCCUCUAUAUCAUUAUUCCCCGCAAGGCGCCUCUUAUUUAUUCUCUAGCUAUCAUAAUUGCUAAUUUGUAAAGUCUAGCGGCUAAGUUUUGUUUUUUUGUUUUACUAUUAUUUACAUUUUACCUUAUUAUAUUUUAUCAUUCUGCUCUAAAACAAUGUAUGAGUUUUUCAAAAAGCUGCAAGGAUGUAAAGUUUAAGUGAGGCCAGUUUAUCUUUAGGAGAAAGUAAGAGAGAUCAGGAGAGAAAGUAGAAUUAAAUCAAGUUAUGUAACUACCUUGAAAUAAACCGUAAACCAAUUACUUUUAAACAGUGAAUAUUAUUAAAAAUCAUACAAAAAACAAGAAACCUAAAAAAAAGAACUAAAAAAGAAA